UGGAUAGGUUGGGCUGGAUGGGCCACGUUUCCUUUGUCUUUGUCAGUCAGAUGAAUGAUAAGCAUCUGGUUGAAGCUGUCAAGAAACUUAAGUUUACGGUGGCUUUUUAAUUUUUCAAGAAUAUUAAAAUAUCAAAGAAAGUCAGUCUCGGAAUAAUCAUUUAAUUUAAAUUUAAAAUGUCUAUUCUAAGACAAUUUUCUAGAUUAUCAAUAUGUCCCACAGUAAAAUUUCAGUUAAAUCGAAAUAUAUCGACGACAAGUGCCUUAACGUUCAAGAUCACUGAACAGCUAUGGGCUGAACCAAUGAAGAAAAAAAAGAAAAUAGAUCCUGCUAUUGUUAAAGCCCGUGAAGAGCGCCGUCGUAAGAAAAUUGAGAAACAAAUUCGAAGGCUUGAGAAGAAUGCUAGACAGUUGAAACCUAUUGAUGAGUUGGAGGUUCCACUUCACUUGAUGGAUUCACUCAAAAAAUAUAAACGGCCUCCUGUUCAGUUGUCGGUCGAAGAAAUCGAAGCCCGCGAGCUACUCCAAAAGGAAUGGGCUCGUUACAAACGUGAUGAAUAUAUGAACAACAUUGCACAAGUCGACAGGAUCAUGGCAGCCCAGAGACGCGCUCUGGACAGGCUGUACGAGGAAUCAGAGGAUCUGUACAAUGAAGCUAUUAUGCCCGACUUGCAACUACUGCCUUAUACCAUAAGCGGUCCGGUAGCGACGCCGCCCAUCAAGGACUACGAAUCGCCCGACGGAGAAUACAUUGACGUGUCGAAGAAAUGGGAUAAUUAGUGAAUUCAUUUAUCUGUGCUGAUUAACAAAUAACAGCCAGUAUGUUAGUUCGAGUAUCGCAAACACAAUUUACAAUAGAACUGUAUGCUUAGUGCGAGUUUUGUAACGUUCUCUAUAGCGUAAAGAUAACUCAAAAUUGUAUGCAGUUGGAACAGCGCCCCUAGCGGCAAACGUACGCAAACGUUCCAACCCCAUACAAACUUGAGUUAACUUUCUCGCUAUCGAGAACGUUACAAAACUCGUACUAAGCACAUAUGACGCCAUCUUGAAAUUUGUUCAGUGUGCUACAUUUGCGUGCACAAGUUCACAAGUUUCACUGGUGGUAGGACCUUAUGUGAGUCCGCACGGGUAGGUACCACCACCCCGCCUAUUUCCGCCGUGAAGCAGUAAUGCGUUUCGGUUCGAAGGGUGGGGUAGCCGUUGUAACUAUACUGAGACCUUAGAACUUGUAUCUCGAGGUGGGUGGCGCAUUUACGUUGUAGAUGUCUAUGGGCUCCAGUAACCACUUAACACCAGGUGGGCUGUGAGCUCGUCCAUCCAUCUAAGCAAUAAAAAAUAAAAAAAAAAUAAAAAAAUAUCGUCUUUUCGCAUUAAAAGUGUACAAUUUCCAAAAACAUUCGAAACUGAGUUAAUAUGCGGUAUCAUUUGGUAUAUAUCACCAGUGUUUUUCUCACAAAUACUGUCAAAAGAGCGUAGUUUAGUUUUAGUUUUUUUUUUUUAGCUUACCUAUGUUUCGACUACUAAUAACAAAAUUAAUAAAUAAUUUUAUCUUACUUUAAAAGACCGAUAAUUUGACUGGUAAAAAAUAAGAAAUAAAUGUUGCAAAGAUGAUUAAUAGCAAAAAUAUCACAUGUUAAACCUUUAAAACACUCUCCUGUAAAAUUCGUAAGUUUUGAGAUUAUACAGUUUUAAUGCGAGAAGACGAUAUAAGUUAACUUUUACGCGAUCGAGAAGUUAAAAACUCGCGCUGAGCACACUGCAGUGAUUGUCGAACGUAAUAUAACUCUUAAAUUUACACAAAUGUUGUAUUUAUUUAGGCAAGAGAAAGCUUGUAAUUCGAAAUAAGACAUGCACUUCUGUUUUAUUUGUUUAUACUUAAAUAUGUUUUUAUGUGAAAUUGUUGAUUUGAAUAAAAUGUACAGUUCUUA